AUGGUAGAUAACUCCCUUGUCAGUGAAGAGACUUUUCUUCUUUACAGUGGUGCUCCACCAGCCUACCAGCAAUCUGACAUGGUCACAGACCUGGGCUCCUAUCAGGUUAUGCCGUCACCAUUUUCGGAGGAGGACCUGAGCGACUCAUCCAGUCCUCGUUCCUGCUCCAGCCCAGACUCCCAGGUGCUCAGCUCCAGCUAUGGUAGCAACUCCAGUGCUGAAAGCCAGGACAGUAUCCUGGACCACCUGCUGUCCCAAGCCUCCCUAGGAGGUGCCAACAGUAUUACUGCAGAAUCCGAGGCCCCUAUACCAUUAUCCACUUUCCUGUGGGACUCACGGAAAGAGGAGCCCUCCAAACGUGAGCAAGUAAAGGAGGAAAGUUUUGACUUCCUCACGUGGUCCCAUGGGGAGCCAAAGGAACAGCUUGGAGGGUGUUUCCAGCCCACACUGGAAGAGAUAGAAGAAUUCCUGGAGGAGAAUAUGGAGGUGAUGACAAUGAAGCAGGAGGUUUGCCCAGAGUUGGGAAUGACACAGGAGUCUUUUGGUCUAGAAGUUGGUCUGGAGUGGUGCAGGGAGGCCUCCCCUGAGCCUAUAGUAGAGCCAGAGGCAAAGUAUUCUGACCAAACUGUUCCCACUAUCAGCACUGCUAGUCUGGUUGCUGCUGCCUCUAGUGAAUCCAAAACCACAGCAGUUAACUCCACACAUGAAUCCAACGCAGGGGCCAAGAAGGAAUCAACUAACAAACCUUCAUCUGCAGACAGUGGUACAAAUGGCAGUGGAAUGCCGGUCAUUCUACAAAUCCAACCUAUACAGAUCAAGCAGGAGCCUACAGUGGCACCACUUACCCCAGUAGCCCAUGCUCCACAGCCUGGCCCAGCCUCAGACAUCAAAAUUGCGCAGCUACUGGUCAAUAUCCAAGGUCAGACCUUUGCCCUGGUGCCCCACAUCCUGCCCUCCCCCAGCCUUAAUGUCUCCUCCAAGUUUGUUCGAAUUGCUCCAGUCCCAAUUGCAGCCAAACCUCUUGGGCACGGAGACAGCUCUACUAGCCAGGGAUCAGGGAUCCUUCUGGGAGGUCAAAAGUUCCAGAAGAACACAGUGGCGGAUCUUAUAAAAAUGCACAAAUGCACUUUUCCUGGCUGCACCAAGAUGUACACCAAGAGCAGCCACCUGAAGGCCCACCUGAGGAGGCACACGGGAGAGAAGCCUUUUGCCUGCAACUGGCAGGGCUGCGGAUGGAGGUUUUCGCGGUCAGAUGAACUGUCUCGUCACAGGCGGUCCCAUUCGGGAGUCAAGCCCUACCAGUGUCCCGUAUGUGAAAAGAAGUUUGCCCGGAGUGACCAUCUGUCCAAACACAUCAAAGUCCACCGUUUUCCACGAAGCAGCCGGACGGUCCGCUCAACAAACUGAUGCUCAACUUGGUGGGAUUACUGGGAUCACUGAGAAUUUCAGGAACACCCUCAUACAGAUAUAGGCUAAGGGAGCAAAUUGUGAGUGUUAAGGGUGUGUGAAGACAUUUUUUUUUUUUUUUUUUUUUGCACCAUCAGCAAGUCAUUUCAAAUAUGUGAGUUGAAGCACGACUUGCUUUGUGUUUGAGCAAUCUGUGAUUGUUCUAAUUUACUGUAAGAAACCAACACGGUUACCAUCCUGUAAUCAACUGAAGGUUGAUGUUGGUGCUUUGGUCUGUUGGGUUCCUUACAUUUGAUCUGUUCUGUAUUUUCAUUCAGUCUGGAUUAUGUGAGAACUUUGGUAAUAGCCUUGCAUGUCCAUUCUAUCUGGAUACAGAAACUGCCUUUUGCCUUCCUGAAAGCUGCUAAUGUCUUGGACAUUGUUAAUUUUAUGCAAUGUUUUGGAAGUGAGACUCAUUUGGAUACUCAUUAGCUACUACCAGAGUAGUAGUUACUUUUCCUCGGGGCCACAGAGGUUUCUCUCAAGGCUUUGUCCUGGAUUUUUUGCUGCCUUGCACCACUGUUAGUUGACCAAGAAGGGUGGAUAACUUCAUUCAACUUGUGUCUGAUGCACAAGGAGGGAACUGUUGUACUUGUGUACAUGAACUACUGAUUGCAUAACAAAGGAAGAAAAACAUGAUAAGCUAUCAGGACUCUUGUCACCUUUUACAGGAACUUUGUAAACAGAUUGAGACAUAAAGAGGAGAGUAAAGACAAGAAAUGCAAAAGUGACAUGACUCAAUGGUUAAGCGCACAGUGAUUGUCAAAAUUGGCCUUCUGAUCAGUGUUAAAUGUUAUUUGUUAUUUUUAAGCUAAGUCAUGUGUACCUGCUUGCUGAUCAUCUGUUUGUGUAAUUUUUUUAAGCCUUACUGUAACACAGAAUCAUGGCUGGGAAAUCAAGCUUCCAGUGGUUCUCAUUUUAAUUUGGUCUUUGACUGUUCAUAACGUGGCCCUGUCAUUCAGUACACAGCCAGAUGAACUGAGCCAGAAAUGAAUGAAUGCCUCCAUCUGCUAUUUUUACAGAAACAGUUACUUUUCUGAUGACACAAAUUCUGCCUCAACUCUGCUAUAUGUUACUCGAUACACCCUGAUAGCCUUCCGCCUCACCCAGCACUUAUGUUACCUUGAGGUGACGUCACUGGAUGCUCAACACACCAUGGUGCUGACCUACUAGCACGAGCUUCUGGGAAAUCAUCACCUUUGAGGCCAUGUCAAACUUUCUAAUGUCCUUAUUUCUCUUAAAUAUUAUCUUGCUACAUGUACGACACCCUGCUGUAAACAUGUAGGGGUGCGACUAUGCCGUCCAUGUAUAAUUCAUGUGUGUAUAGUGACAACAAGCAGGGGUACACGACAUUGUUCAUCAUUCCUUUUAUUCAAUUUUUGAAUUUUGAAUGCUUGUGUGAGCACAGGUGUUUUAUCGCAUCCUAUGAAUGUAUGUAAAUAUACAGGAGCGUACAUCGCUGCAUCCAGGAAACACACAGAGACUAUUCUGAUACCAUAUCUUAAAUCAGUGGUUCUGAAGAUUUAUAGUGUAGAACCCUAAAUGUGUACAUAACUUAGUAUUUCAGUACAUAUGGAUAUAUUAUAUAUUUUCUCUUUGUUCUA